GGGGAUGGGAUCAGGUGGGACCAGGAGGAACCCGAGCCAGGCCAGGCCAGGAUGUCCGGAAGAUCUCCCAAAAAUGCCCUCAUGUGUGUGACCUAACAGAUCUCCAGCUGUGGAUCCUCCUCAAGAAGAUCCGUCUGUUUUUUUUUUUCUUUUGUGUGACGUGACGUCCCUGCCAGACUCCAGACCAGACGGACCAGGAUCAUCUUCCAUGUUCUAAAGUCUCGGUUCUGCUCGUUCCAAAAAGCAAGAAGUCCUGUCAGUUUUGUUAUUUGGUUUUUGUGAGGAUACCCCUGUAAGCCAUGGCUCACGCGGCAUCCCAGCUGAAAAAGAAAGCCGACCUGGAUCUCACCGCUGCCGAGGAUGAGAAGGAGAAGAAGAGGAAAGCCAGUAAGAGGUCCCGCGAAAGCAAGAAAAAGACCGACACCAAUGCCAGCUAUCUGCGAGCGGCCCGGGCUGGGAACCUGGAGAAGGCCCUGGAUUACCUGAAGUCCGGGGUCGACAUAAACGUCUGCAACCAGAAUGGCCUGAACGCUCUUCAUCUCGCCUCCAAAGAGGGCCACGUGGAGAUGGUGGCACAGCUCCUGAAAAUGGGAGCCACGGUGGACGCGGCGACGAAGAAAGGAAACACGGCGCUACACAUCGCGUCCCUCGCCGGCCAGACCGAGGUGGUGAAGGAGCUGGUGAGCAAAGGCGCCAACGUCAACGCCCAGUCUCAGAACGGUUUCACGCCGCUUUACAUGGCGGCACAGGAGAAUCAUCUGGACGUGGUUCGAUUCCUGCUGGACAACGGCUCCAGUCAGAGCAUCGCCACUGAGGACGGCUUCACCCCGUUGGCCGUAGCCCUGCAGCAGGGUCACGAUCAGGUCGUCUCUCUGCUCCUGGAGAACGACACCAAGGGGAAAGUUCGACUCCCGGCUCUGCACAUCGCCGCCCGCAAAGACGACACCAAAGCGGCGGCGCUGCUGCUUCAGAACGACCACAACGCCGACGUGGAGUCCAAGAUGAUGGUGAAUAGAACCACAGAGAGCGGCUUCACCCCGCUGCACAUAGCCGCGCACUAUGGCAACAUCAACGUGGCUACGCUGCUCCUGAACCGCGGGGCCGCCGUGGACUUCCGAGCCAGAAACGACAUCACGCCUCUCCAUGUGGCAUCCAAGAGAGGGAACAGCAACAUGGUCCGGCUGCUGCUGGAGCGAGGGGCGCGCAUCGAUGCCAAAACCAAGGACGGAUUAACGCCGCUCCACUGCGGAGCCAGGAGUGGUCACGAGCAAGUGGUGGAGAUGCUGCUGGAUCGAGGAGCUCCGAUUCUGUCCAAGACUAAAAACGGUCUGUCUCCGCUCCACAUGGCCACCCAGGGCGACCACCUGAACUGCGUCCAGCUCCUGCUGCAUCAUGACGUGCCGGUCGACGACGUCACUAACGAUUACCUGACCGCGCUGCACGUGGCGGCGCACUGUGGGCACUACAAAGUCGCCAAGGUCAUCAUGGACAAGAAGGCCAAUCCCAACGCCAAAGCGCUGAACGGGUUCACGCCGCUCCACAUCGCCUGCAAGAAGAACAGAAUCAAAGUGAUGGAGCUGCUGCUGAAGAACGGAGCGUCGAUCCAGGCGGUGACCGAGUCCGGACUCACGCCGAUCCACGUGGCCGCCUUCAUGGGGCACGAAAACAUCGUGACUCAGCUAAUAAACCACGGCGCAUCACCAAACACAACAAACGUGAGGGGGGAGACGGCGCUCCACAUGGCUGCCAGGGCCGGACAGACGGGCGUGGUGAAGUACCUGGUGCAGAACGGAGCGCUCGUCGACGCCAAGUCCAAGGAUGAUCAGACCCCGCUGCAUAUCUCCAGUCGUCUGGGCAGGCCCGAAAUCGUGCAGCUGCUCCUGCAGCACGGCGCCUCUCCCGACUCCACCACCGCGUCUGGGUACACGCCGCUUCACCUGGCGGCCAGAGAGGGACACAAGGAUGUGGCGUCCGUCCUGCUGGACCAAGGGGCUUCGCUUGGCAUCACCACCAAGAAGGGAUUUACUCCACUUCAUGUGGCGGCUAAGUACGGCAAGAUAGAAAUAGCCAACCUGCUGCUGCAGAAGAGAGCGCCCCCGGACGCAUCUGGGAAGAGCGGAUUAACUCCACUGCAUGUAGCGGCGCACUAUGAUAACCAAAAAGUGGCACUCCUGCUCCUGGACCAGGGGGCGUCCCCCCACGCAGCGGCCAAGAACGGCUACACGCCGCUGCACAUAGCCGCCAAGAAGAAUCAGAUGGAGAUCGCUACCACACUGCUGGAAUACGGCGCUGACACCAAUGCCGUCACCAGGCAGGGCAUCAGCCCGCUUCAUCUAGCAGCCCAGGAGGGCAACGUGGACAUGGUCACCCUGCUGCUAGCCCGAGAUGCCACCAUCAACCUGUGCAACAAGAGCGGCCUCACUCCUCUACAUCUGGUGGCCCAGGAGGACAAAGUGAACGUGGCUGAAGUGCUGGUGAAUCACGGUGCCACCGUGGAUCCCGAGACCAAGAUGGGGUACACGCCGCUGCACGUCGCCAGUCACUAUGGCAACAUAAAGAUGGUCCACUAUCUUCUGCAGAACGAGGCGAAGGUCAACGCCAAAACUAAGAGUGGAUACACUCCCCUGCACCAGGCUGCACAGCAAGGCCACACACACAUCAUUAAUCUCCUCCUGCAGCACGGAGCCUCGCCCAACGAGCUCACACUGAAUGGAAACACGGCUCUGUCUAUCGCCAGGCGUCUGGGUUACAUUUCAGUGGUGGACACCCUCAAGGUGGUGACAGAGGAGACCCUGACCACCCUGACGGUGACGGAGAAGCACAAGAUAAACGUUCCAGAGACGAUGAACGAGGUUCUGGACAUGUCUGAUGAUGACGUUCAUAAAGUCCAUGUGCCUGAAAGUCUCACUGAGGAUUAUUUAUCUGAUGUUGAUGAAGGUGAGGACCCGAUCAUGGGGGAAACAGAUAAGUACCUCGGCCCUCAGGAUCUGAGAGAACUGGGUGACGACUCUCUGCCCCAGGAGGGGUACGUGGGCUUCAGCAUCGGCGCCCGCUCCGGAAGCCUGCGCUCCUUCAGUUCGGACAGGUCCAACACCCUGAACCGGAGCUCCUUCACCAGGGACAGCAUGAUGAUCGAGGAGAUCCUGGCACCCAGCAAGGACACGGCUGUCUGUAAAGCCAUGCACUGCGUCGUUGAGCCCCAUAAUAAGCACUUGGCGGUAGCUAAGGAGUACGACAGCGAGUCCCUGAGACGAUACAGCUGGACCACAGACACCAUGGACAACGUCAACUUGGUCUCCAGCCCCGUCCACUCUGGGUUCCUGGUGAGCUUCAUGGUGGACGCCCGCGGCGGCUCCAUGCGCGGCAGCCGCCACAACGGCAUGCGCAUCAUCAUCCCGCCGCGCAAGUGCACGGCCCCGACCCGCAUCACCUGCCGCCUGGUCAAGAGGUACAAGCUGGCCCAGCCGCCUCCCAUGGUGGAGGGAGAGGGCCUGGCGAGCCGCCUGGUGGAGGUCGGACCGGCGGGGGCUCAGUUCCUCGGCCCAGUGAUAGUGGAGAUCCCUCACUUCGGCUCCAUGAGAGGGAAGGAGCGCGAGCUGAUCAUUCUCAGGAGCGACAACGGAGAGACGUGGAAGGAGCACCAGUACGACUGGAAGACCGACGCCCUCAACGAGCUGCUGAACGGCAUGGACGAAGAACUGGACAGCGUGGAGGAUCUGGAGCAGAAGCGCAUCUGUAGGAUCAUCACUAAAGAUUUCCCACAGUACUUUGCAGUCGUGUCGAGGAUCAAGCAGGAGAGUAAUCAGAUGGGUCCCGAGGGCGGGGUUCUACACAGCCUGACCGUUCCUCAGGUCCAGGCCUCGUUCCCUGAGGGAGCUCUCACCAAGAAGAUCAGAGUUGGACUUCAGGCCCAGCCGGUCCCCGACGAGACGGUGAAGAAGAUUUUGCGGAACAGAGCCACGUUCAGCCCCAUAGUGACGGUGGAGCCACGGAGGAGGAAGUUCCACAAGCCCAUCACCAUGACCAUCCCCGUGCCCCCUCUUUCAGGCGAGGGUGCAAAUAACAGCUACAAAGGAGAUUCCACGCCCUGCUUACGCCUCCUGUGCAGCAUCACGGGUGGGACGUCCCCUGCACAGUGGGAGGACAUCACCGGCACCACUCCGCUCACCUUCUCAAAGGACAACGUCUCUUUCACUACCAACGUCUCCGCCAGGUUCUGGCUCGCCGACUGCCAUCAGAUCCCGGAGACGGUCGGACUGGCCACUCAGCUCUACCGGGAGCUGAUCUGUGUGCCCUACAUGGCCAAGUUUGUGGUGUUCGCCAAGAUGAACGAUGCCAUGGAGUCCAACCUGAGAUGCUUCUGCAUGACCGACGACAAAGUGGACAAGACGCUGGAGCAGCAGGAGAACUUUGAGGAGGUGGCCAGGAGCAAAGACAUUGAGGUUUUGGAAGGGAAGCCGAUCUACGUGGACUGCUACGGCAAUCUAACCCCUCUGACCAAAGCCGGACAGCAGCUGCUCCUCAACUUCUACGCGUUUAAAGAGAACAGACUCCCGUUCUGCGUGAAGGUCCGAGACAACAGCCAGGAACCGUGCGGACGCCUGUCCUUCCUCCGAGAGACGAAAACCUCCAAGGGACUCCCAGAGACCGCUAUCUGUAACCUAAACAUCACUCUGCCGGCGCUGAAGAAGGAUACGGACUCAGAUCCCGAUGAAGAGACUGAAAAGCCAGAACGACGGCAUACCUUUGCAUCUCUAGCCUUACGUAAGCGGUACACCUAUCUGAACGAGCCUGGAUUGAAAACAGUUGAACGAAGUACAACAAGAACACUGCCUGCUGGUUACCCUCACAAACCUGUCUUUUCCACAAGACCUUACCCGGCAUGGUCGACUGCUCCUAUUACCGUCCCUGGCCAAACAAAGUGUGGACUGGGUUCCCUCUCCAGCUCACCUUCCAACACGCCAUGUGCUUCGCCAUUAAAGUCCGCCUUGUCCGCAUCCCCAGCUUCGCCACUCAAGUCCGCCCUCGGAACCAUGAACGCAUCUCCUGUUAGGUCUGUCAGCGACAUGGCUUCACCCAUUAGAACCUACAGAUCUGUCUCAUCUCCUAUCAAAACGGUGGUCCAGCAGGCCCAUUACCCAGCCCCCAUUUCUACCAAUAUCAUAUCUACAUCUUUUAAAAAUAGCACCGAUCCGGCAUCAAUCAAAGGUCUGGCUGCUUCGAUAGCCUUAAGGCCGCUCUCCGUCCCAUUAUCUGGGUCUAGAACCUUUUCUACAACGGCCCCACCUGAAUCCCCUAAAUCUGCUUCAAAUUUGUACACCUCUGCGUUUUUGCUUAAACCCACCAUUACAGAAACAUCAACUGUUAGAACCACGCCCAGCCUGUCGACCAUCAAAACUACUGUAGACGGAUCUUCUGUAUGUAAAGGACUGGUCCUGUCAUCGCUCUCUUCUCCGGCAAGGUCUACAGUCGCCUCCACCGAUACGGGCCUGCUGAACGGCUCCACCUCACCAGUCAAGUACCCCUCGUUUUCUACUUCUUGUUCUUCCUCGCCCCGUUUCUACUCAGGAGGAACUUCCAGUUUACAGGAAAGGAUACAAGCUACGACACAGGCGGCUGCGUCCAGCGUUAGCACGGCCCUUAGCGAGGCUGAGAAAACUCUUAACGCCUUCGCCACAUCCAAAUACUUGUCCUCCCCUUUGAGGUCAAAUCUAGCAUACGCUUCUCACAGAUCCCCUGGUAUUUCCAGUACCCCAUUAUCCACCACCGCUAUGACUGUGCCAGUUUUUUCCCUAGUGAGUGUUCUCCCCGAGCCCCAGGAAAUGCCAACUGCACCGCAGACACUCGUUCACCCGACAUCUUCUUCUCCCAAGUCGAAACCACCGAAACCCUCGCUCUAUAUCCCUGCUGCGGCGUUCAGAUCGGCCGCCGCCGCCUCGCAAAUGUCGUCGAGUCAAGAAAUUCUGAGGGACGUCGCGGAUAUGAAAGAGGACCUUAUAAAAAUGAGCGCCCUCCUGCAAACCAAUUUCGCUCAGACGAAAGUCUAUCAACCUCAGGCUGCCAAAGGAUCUAAAAUAGAAGACGAGGAACCCUUCAGUCUGGUUGAGAGAGUCAAAGAAGAUCUUGUGAAGGUCAGUGAAAUUCUCUGCAAGGAUGUUCUGAGCGAGACAAAAGGCUCAGCCCGAGACAGAGCGUCCGAGGACGAAUGGGAAGAGUUCUCCAGAGAUGAACUAGAGGAGGCUCGGCAAAGCGCCCUGAGAUCCCCCCCGGCGUUCGAACCCAGUCUUAUUUUAGCCAAGGUCGUCGACUACCUGGUGAAUGAUGUCGGUGCAUGCUCGCUUUCCAAAAUGGCCGGUGAGAAAAGCAAAUACGACGAAGUCAAGGAGGGAGAGGAGAAACAGAAGCGCACACUGAAAUCCGAGCACAAGCUGAAAAUGCCACCUACUGGCAUGCGCACUUCUCCCUCAGAGAAGGAUCUAGGCAAAUUGGCCGAGUCCUACAGUGGCACAGACGCCGUACUGGAGAGUCCUGAGGAUCUGUCUCAUGAACAGGAUAAGAGCCCUCUGUCGGACAGCGGGUUUGAAACUAGAAGCGAAAAGACUCCGUCGGCUCCUCAAAGUGCGGAGAGCACGGGGCCCAAACCUCUCUUUUCAGAGGUUCCCAUUCCUCCGGUCAUAACAGAAACCAGAACCGAGGUUGUCCAUGUCAUCAGGAGCUUCGAACCCCCAGAGGAGCCCUGUGAGCCCCUAAUGGAGGAGGCAGCAGUAUCUCAGGCACCCGCUUGCAUCGAACCCGAGCCGACCGCCGGCUCCAUCAAAGACAAAGUCAAGGCCUUCCAGAUAAAAGUCAGUUCGGAUGAAGACUCCGUCCUAAGCAAAAGCAUGUGUCUCAAAGAGGAAACUCAUAUCACCACCACGACUAGAAUGGUCUACCACAAGCCCCAGUUGAAGGAAGCUGGCUCUGAUAGGAUUGAAGAGACCAUGUCCGUCCGAGACAUAAUGAAAGCUUUCCAGUCAGGGCGGGACCCUUCCAAGGAACUGGCCGGCUUGUUCGAACACAAGGCCAACAAGGAUUCCAUUAAAGGAGACGAGUUGACGCCACGGUUCCUCGACAAAGACACGAAACCUAAAGUCGAACGAAUAAUCGAGGUUCACAUAGAAAAGGGGAACACAACAGACCCAACCGAGGUAAUAAUCCGAGAGACGAAGAAGCAUCCGGAUUACAUGUCCAAAAGCAGUCGCGGGCUGAAGGAGAUCACCAGCAAUAUCGAAAGGGAAUACGAGUCCCUGCAGGAAGAGGAAGAACUCAUAACUGAGGAAACCUUGCCCGCAUUCUUGGAGAACUCCAGAGUCAAUACUCCCGUCUCACAGGAGGAGGACAGUCGACCAAGUUCGGCUCAACUCAUCGCCGACGAUUCGUACAAAGCUUUCAAACUCCUGAGCCAGCAAUCCAUCGAAUACCACGAUGACGAACUGUCAGAGCUGAGAGGGGAGUCGUAUAGAUUCGCUGAGAAAAUGCUUCUCUCCGAGAAAUUAGACAUAUCCCAGUCCGACAAUGAGGAGUUAGUCGCAGGCAAGGGGGGCGGAACGACUCCUGAAGUAGAAGCGGAAGGUUUUUAUAAGGAGAAGGUUUCCGCUCCCAAGAAAGAAUCAAUUUUUAGGUCAGCGAGGGAAGCAUCAGACAAGUCAGGGAAGUACGACAAACUGACAGUUCUACACUAUACGACAGAACCCGGCAGCCCUAAACAUACAGUCAGGAUGCGUUUCACCCAAGACAGGCAGGACAGAAGCAGGGACAAGCUCAUCUACGAGGAUCGCGUGGACCAAACCGUCAAGGAGGCCGAAGAGAAGCUGAGUGAAGUCUCGCAGUUUUUCCGAGACAAAACGGAAAAGCUGAACGACGAGCUUCAGUCCCCGGAGAAGAAGCCUCCGAUGAGAGACUUCAGAGAGACGCGAUCCGGGCCGAGCUCGGUCUGUAGCAGUCCCCAGAAGACCAAGCAGAAGGCUGAACUGGGUGCAGAGGAGGUGGACUGGGAUAAAGGAAAGCAGAAGCUGUUCAGCAGCAUGGACGAAAGGAAAAGCGCCAGUUUGCCGUGCAGCCCGGAAAGGCACUCGCAGUCACGCUUAAGUGAGAAAAGUAGUUCUCAGCAGUCAGGUGAGGUUACGACAUCCAAAGUUAGUGCAGUUCGGCUAAAAUUCGAAACAGAGGCCCAAAAGCAAGAUAAGACUACGACGAGUACCCAAUCAAAACCACCCGUUAGAAAACUUCAGGAGAGUAAACUACCAGUGUACCAGUUUAUGUCCGGAUCUAAGACCUUAAGAGUCGAUUCUGCUAAAGAAGAAACCCCUCAAAAAAAGGGUGCAGAUAGUGAAGAACGUAAAAUAACCCUUGGACAAGCAACUACUAGCAAAUCUGGCAUUGCGUCCUCAAAAGAACCGAAUCAGAAUGUCUCGCGGCAAUCUUUACCAGACACCCCUGAUGCAUUUAGGAAAAAGCCCCAAUCCCAAAUGGUCCCCAAAUCAGAACCUGGUGCAGGUGAGCAGUUUGACAAGCGAACCACAAUCAGUCUUGAUGUUCGGGGUCAGCAUUUGAAAAUCGAGUCUCCUGUAAAAGAACUCGACUCAGAUUUAGCGACUGAUUCCCAAAUAAAGACCCUCAAAAAGAAGACAGAGUCACACAUCCCGGUCAGAACGUCAGCUAGUCCUCCGGGCGUCGAUCAAACCAAGAAAGCGAAGCAAGACGCGGUAGUUAGACAACCCGAAAAGAGCCCGUCGCACAUACCUACCUUAGCGAAAGCCAGAAUUCCAGGUCGCUUAGAAUUGGCGAGAGAUGAAGCUGCAACCAAAGGGUCUCAGGGUCCUCCAGAGGAAGCCGGUUUGCCAGAUCGAGGUUUAAGUAAUGUCUCCGAGGGCGGUACGAUAGAAAAGAUAUCCGCCGUCACAACCAGAGAAAGUUUUAAAGGACUAAAGACGUUACCAGUUUAUGUAAACGUACAGUCGUGUAAACAGGGUGAGAAAGAUUUAGCAGGCGCUAACGGGGGCAUUAAAAAAAUGGUCAAACAAAGACAGCCGACGUCCCCUCAAGCCAGCCCGGACGAUGACACUCUAGAACAGAUAUCCUUUUUCGAUAGUUCUGGGAAAAGUCCCAUGACCCCGGACACGCCCAGCUCUGAGGAAGUGAGUUAUGACCUCACCUCAAGAACCCCCGACCCGUUCAUGGCUUUCGUACCGGGCAAGUCCAGCCCGAUCGCCGAAGUCUCCGAAGAAUCAGAGGAUUCGGAACAGGGCAAAGCGAGUUCCUUCAAAGAACCUCCACCACAAACCCUCAAUGUGACCGAGGCGGUCAACAAAAAUCAGGACGCUGGUCAGACGAGUAAAGACAAACGAGUCGCGUACAUCGAGUUUCCUCCACCUCCUCCUCUGGACUCGGAUUCCUCACAACAAGAGAAAAAAAUAUCAUCUCCCUCGUCAGAGGUGGACACUGAAAUGAUGGAGGUGAACCUCCAGGAGGAGCAUGAUAAGCAUCUGCUGGCUGAGCCCAUAAUCAGAAUCCAGCCUCCAUCCCCUGUUCUUUCAGGAGCUAAGGACAGCGACUCGAGCGAUGACGAAUCCAUCUAUCAGCACAGCUCAGUGAAGAAGCAUACCUUCAAAACGGAUCAGAAGGAGCAACCCGAGAGGGGGUCGAAACCCAAAAAACAGGAUAAAAAUGGGAAUCAAAAAGAACCCGUGGUGACCUGCGGCGGCAAGGCGGAGGAAAGCGACAACGAGCAAAACGGCAACGAUCAGUCCAUCACGGACUGCUCGAUAGCCACGACGGCGGAGUUCUCUCACGACACGGACGCCACAGAGAUCGACUCUCUGGACGAAUACGACUUUCAGGAUGAGGACGAUGAACUUAACAAGCAUGAUGACAAACCUUUAGGAUCUUCCAAUGACAACAGAAAGGACAUCUGGGCGUGUGAAAAUAUGCUCAGGUCGAGCGAUCGCUCCUUCAGCCAGAGUAAACUCGAAGUCAUCGAGGAAGAGUCGCCAACCGAGGAGCCCACAACGAAGAACGACUUUUCUCUUAAAAAUGCUGAAAAUGACAACGAAAGAGACAAAAAAUCAAGUCAGGAUGGACUGUCGGAUACCUACUUUAGCUACAAGCUAGAUGAAGAGUUCAAUACCCCGUUCAAAACCGUCGCAACCAAAGGCUUGGACUUCGAUCCCUGGUCUAGUAAAACCGGAGACGAUGAAGUCGUCGACGCCAGGAUUAAAAACGAUGAACCCAAGCCUUUCGGAACGGCCAACGAGGACAAGUCUCAGGGGACGACUCCUGACACGACCCCUGCCAGAACCCCGACCGAUGAAAGCACGCCGACUAGUGAACCCAACCCUUUCCCGUUCCACGAAGGGAAGAUGUUCGAGAUGACCCGCAGCGGCGCCAUCGACAUGAGCAAACGCGACUUUGUCGAAGAGAGGCUGCAGUUUUUUCAGAUCGGCCCUCAAAGUCCUUGUGAGAGGACGGACCUGCGUAUGGCCAUAGUGGCUGAUCAUCUUGGCCUGAGCUGGACAGAGCUGGCCAGGGAGAUGGAUUUCUCCGUCGAUGAGAUCAAUCACGUCCGUGUGGAGAACCCCAAUUCUCUAGCAGCCCAGAGUUUCAUGCUGCUGAAGAAAUGGGUGAACAGAGACGGUAAAAAUGCCACAACCGAUGCCUUAACUGCAGCUCUGACAAAGAUCAAUCGGAUGGAUAUUGUGACUUUACUGGAAGGGCCGAUAUUUGACUACGGUAACAUUUCAGGCACAAGGUGUUUUGCAGAUGAUAACGCAGUUUUCCAGGAUCAGGCUGAUGGUUACCACAACAUCAGUCUGGAGAUGCAGACGCCCACAGAGCUGAGCUAUGAACCCCCCACCCCUCUGCGCCAGGACGAUUUCUUUAGCGAAGACGGUAGCCUAGUUUCUCCCGGUAUCACCCUCGUCAGACCCAGCAAGCUAUCCCUGACGGGCACCUCGGCGCCCCCGACCGUCACGGCCGAGGACACGUCUCUGGGGGGCCGAGAGUCUCUGAGUCGAGAACCCGACCUGGAAGCCGGAGACAGCGACGAGGAGCCAGAAGAUCCGGGAGAGGUUCCGGGAGAAAGCAGCGGGUCUGGUUUUCAGGAGGAGACGCAGAUGAGCGAGGAGAAGCUCAGAUCCCUGUUGAGGGACGUUAGGUCGGAGGAAGGCUCAGAGGAUGAGGAGGUGAUCGAGGAGAACGUGGAUCAGGGAGAAAAAAAGAUGUCUUCCAUUGCAGGGUUGCAGGAGGAGUCGUCCAGUCUGAGCAAGGAGAGCUCGUCUUCCGUUCCAGGACUGCAGGGGCAGAAGGAGAGGAGCCAAAAGGCCGUGUCUUCUGAGGCGGAGAAGCAGAACGGGGAACAUCCGGAGCUUCGGACGCGACCCGAGGUCCAGGAGCCGGCCUGCAGGGUCGACAGCAACGCUGGGCCGAGCGUCAAGGAAAAGGAAGCUCAGCAGGGAGCUCGUCGAGCCAGCGAGUCCAGUUCUGACGAGGAGUGCACCAUCACCACCAGGGUUUAUCGGAGGAGGGUGAUCCUGAAGGGCGAUCAGGCCAAAAACGUCCCUGGCGAGUCGGUCACGGAGGAGCAGUUCACGGACGAGGAGGGAAACGUGGUGACUAGAAAAGUGAUCCGGAAGGUGGUGCGUCGUGUGGCCGGAAGCGAAGAAAAAAGCAAGAGGAAGAAAGGGAAGCGAACCAAGCAUCAGCCCGAGAAAGAGCAGGAGGGUCCGUCUGAGGGUCCGAAGGUUGGAGAGGAAUCCAACGGAAGGAAGAAAGAUGGACGAUCAAGAGAGAAAAAGGGUCAAUCGUAACGGUGGUGAGCUCAAACUGAUCUGCACCUUCAUCGUUGUUUUCCUGGGAAAGGGAUCACUGGAAACGCCACGGCAGGACAUCGGUGGACGGGGGAUCUCAUGUCCGUCUGCCGCUUUCACAUACACGCAUGGGUUUUAUUUUAGGAAGAGGACUUUUUUUGAUUUCGCAUGAGCAUGGAAAAACUCAAGACUUCCGUCGAACACACGUGGGCAUCUGAUCGGUGCCCGGGAAAUGCCACAUCAGGACAGAAAACCUUCCGCAGCAAACGUGGAGGAGCGCCGGCGGCACUUCAGCAUUUCCGUGACCAAAGAAAGUAGAAAAAGCAUCGGGGACGGACAGAGAACGGGGAACACUUUUUUUUAAACCAUCUCCACUCGCCUUACUGUUUUUUUUUUCCCUCUCGGACUGGUGCCAGGCUGUAAAAUGCUGUUUUUGAAGAUUCUGUACAUAAAUCAAUACUGUAUAAAUUCUUAAGUAGCUCAAAACCAUGUGAAUGCACUGAUGAUGAGAGAGUUGCAAAAAAGUGCAUUUAAAUGGAAUGGAAUGAAAUGAAUGCUGAUCUUGUUUCCAGAAGUUCCAGGAGUUUGUAACUUCACAGGUACUAAUGUGGAGAAAAAUACGUUUUACACAAAAGAAUUGAUUUUAACAGCGGGUUUCUUUUCUUUAAAACUCAUCACACACAAAAAAAACGACUGUAGCUGCAGUUGUGAAAUGACUUUAUUGAAAUACUAAUAUUUUGAUGCAUGUUUCACCUAAUUUUUUAUUCGUUUCCUAUCUGCAUAACCGACAGUGUGGUCGAUGUUCUAUCCGUGUGCACACUCAUAGCAUUUGUCACUAAUACUGUUUUCUAUUAGCACUGUUGCACCACCGUAGGCUGGUAGGGGGUGAAUGGGCGUGGCGGGAGGCUUUACGAGGAUUCACUGUGUCCCUUCGUGCAGCUAAAGGUAAACCACGCUAUGCAGCCACAGGCCGAGAGAUCGGACGAAGGUACGACGUCGACGGCACGAUGUAAAGGUCUUUCUGUACGCCAAUCAUUCGUAAUCGUUCUAGCAGUGUAUCACUAGGUUUCGAAGCUGCUGUGAUCUCAAGGGGCAUUUUUAUUUUUGUUUUAAUUUGGGUUUGGUGAAAUAUCUCCUUUAUGUUAAUUAUACUCAGAAGAGAUCACCUUCAGGUAUUCACUGAGCGACUUGUAUGACAACAUACACUGGAUGAUUGAAUUAAUUAUUUAAGCUUAAAUAAAUUGUGUUCAAACUCUCAAA